AGUUGGAGGUCGGAGGUCACGGUAGGCUGCUGGUGAGCGCACACGUGGGUGACGCGCUUCACUUUGUUUCGAGUCAGUAGAAUUACACCGGUAAACCAUCGACGAGACAAGGUAGAACUGACGAUCGGAGCCUAAGCGACAGAAACUGGCAUAGAGAAAGAGACCUUGAUAGAAGAUCGCGCGCAGCCCUGAAAAAUCCCCAUCACAUAAAAUGGCAGAAGAUGGAUUAAUGUUGAAUAUUACUGAGAACCUCGAUGUACCAGUCUUCUAUAAAAAUAAGAGUUUUUCCUUCAAGACUGCAGACAAAUGGAAAGAGAAAAAGGCAAGAAAAAGGAAGGCCAUUGGAGAUGAUGCCCCCCCUCCUAAACAAAAAACCCAUGUUACUACCUCCCCUCAGUCUACAGUAAAGAUGCCUAAGACGAAGGAAAUCACAAAGCAACAAGAAGAGGAGCCUUCACCAAAAAUUAUGUCUGAGAUUUUAACUAAACCAAAAGUGAAGGUUAUUCCUGAGGUCAAGGUGGCACCGAAACAGCAAGCCUCAGCACAUAUGACUGGCAGAGACAAAAGAGAAGGAGAAGGUCAUUGUUCAGUGAAGACUUCUUCUCUUUUUAAAAAUAACCCGCUCAUACCAGACAUUCAAAGGCCUGAAGUGAACCCUCUGAAUGAAGAAGUUUUCACUAGCAACCUGUUUUCAGAACUGGAUCUACAUCCUCAUCUGCUUGCCACUCUCACAAAUGUACUGAAGAUUACUAGCAUGACUAGUGUACAGGAACAGGCAAUUCCCGCCCUUCUAAAUGGGAGAGAUACAGUGAUUCGAUCUCAGACUGGAUCAGGCAAGACAUUGGCUUAUGGCAUUCCUUUGGUCCAGUUCCUACAAGCCUUGCAGCCAAAAGUUCAGCGAAGUGAUGGACCUCUGGCAGUAGUCUUGGUGCCUACUAGAGAGCUGGCACUGCAAAGCUUUGAAAUCAUUCAGAAAUUAUUGAAGCCUUUCAUGUGGAUUGUCCCUGGCAUUCUGAUGGGAGGAGAAAAACGCAAAUCGGAGAAGGCCAGGUUGCGGAAAGGAAUCAACAUUCUCAUUUCCACCCCUGGCCGUCUUGUUGACCACAUCAACAACACUAAGAGUGUCAGCUUUAAGUCUGUUAAGUGGCUGGUCUUGGAUGAGGCUGACAGAAUUCUGGAUUUGGGAUUCGAAAAGGAUGUUUCUUCCAUACUGAAUGCUUUGAACACAUCGUGUCAACAAAGACAGAAUGUGCUGUUGUCGGCAACAUGGACAGAAGGUGUAAUCAAGCUGGCUGACGUCAGUAUGAGGGACCCUGUCACUGUGCAGGUCUUCACGAAAUCAUCUAAACAUGAAGAGGACACUGAACAGCCACAAAACCUGCUUUCCACUGGUGGCUCUGAGAGUUUUGCUAUCCCAGAGCAACUGAAGCAGCAUGUUGUAAUUGUUCCCAGCAAGCUGCGCCUCGUUACGCUGGCAGCCUUCAUUAUGGAGAAGUGUAAACAUGAAAAGAAUCAAAAGAUUAUCGUGUUUGCAUCCAGCUGUGAGGUGGUCAAAUUUCUUUUCACACUCUUGACAAAUGUUCUGCGUGGAUGUACUGAUGGUCAAGAGACUUCAUCCAUCGGUCUUCAGCCUCCCCUGAUGGACUUCACAAAGUUGCAUGGCAGCAUGAACCAGCAGGAAAGAACAGAAGCCUUUCUGAAGUUUUCCCAGGUGAAGUCAGGCAUUCUGCUCUGCACGGAUGUGGCAGCCCGUGGUCUUGACCUUCCUCAAGUGACAUGGAUCAUUCAGUACACUGCCCCUGCAUCACAUACAGAAUAUGUCCAUCGUGUUGGCCGGACAGCACGGAUUGGAACACAGGGAAGUAGCUUGCUCUUUCUGGCUCCCUCUGAAGUGGAAUAUGUCUCGGUUUUGGCCUCUCACAAUAUCACCAUGGAAGAGAUCAAAAUGGAAACAGUUUUGGCCAGUCUGCUGCUAGAUGACCACUAUAAAGGCAGGAAGGUUGCAAGCCAUAAGAAAUCACAUGGGGUCACGCAAGGAGAAGUUCGAGUACGGGCCACGGUGCUGCAGACGGAGUUUGAGAAUUUUGUCCACUCCAAUGAGGAGAACACUCAGGAAGCCAAACUAGCUUUGCAGUCUUUCCUACGUGCCUAUGCCACAUAUCCUGCAACCCUGAAGCAUGUUUUUCACAUCAAAAAACUACACCUGGGCCACACAGCAAAGAGUUUUGGACUCAGAGAUGCACCACAAAACUUGAGCAUAGGCCAUGGGCGCAUCCGAGAUGGGAAGUCCAAGCAGCAGCAAGAAAGAAAGAGAGCUUUUAAAGCCAUGGGAAGUGAAAAAAGUGUUGCUAACAUCCUUCGAUCUGAAUAUUCAAGUGGAAUGCAGCCUGGCCUAAUAAAGAAGACACAAAAGAAGAAGAAGUCCCAUAAUCGACCAGGCAGGAGACGAAAAAUGUAGCUUUCAACAAAAAAUCAAGACCCUGAUCCACCAUCUUUUCACCCUUUGACCUUCACUAUGGACCCAGUGAACAAGGCCAUUUGUCUUUUAAAAUGAAGACUGAUUUUAGUUGUGGUAACUGUCGGAAGCAUGAAGUUGUCUGACACCACUUACACCCACAUGCUCUUGUUGGGAGGUCUUCCUUGGCUACAGUGUUGUAGUGAGAUCACGGCCAGAUGGUUUGGAGUUUUUAGUGACUGAUGCUCCAAUGUAGAAGUGUUAGCAUCUAUAAACUAUUUACAUGCACAGGUUCCAGAAAACAGGUGGGUGAUAUAACAAGAACAGAUUCUUUAAGCAAUUUUAUUAUGAGCAAGAUUGUCAUUUUCUGAUUUUAAAAUAAAUUAAUUAUGCGCCAUUGA